AUGUUGAGCAAUUUAUUUUUCGCCCCUAUUGUGCCUCAUCAGAGGGCUUUAGAAGUAUGCCCCUUCUAUGCUGAUUCUGCUGCUUUAAUGGAGGCCCUGGCCACGCCAACACAAGGUUGUCGGUUACGCAGAGAGGCAUUGUUGAGUGCCGCAUGCCUCCCUCUGCCCACAUUCGGUGAUGACCACUUGGAGACUUCUGUGCAUUAUUCCCCUUACCGGGUUAGACGACAGCUUGGGUUUGACCAAGGUGUGCCCUCUCGUCCCAACCAUGGAGAUUCCUCGAGCUUGCACAGGGUUUUCUGGACUGGUGACAGCGUGCCGGGAGACGGCAGGCCUCUUGCCCUUGCUCUGGCCAGCCGGAAGCGCGUUGGUGGUCUCUCAAAGGCCUACCAAAAUUAUUGGAACCGCUGCUUUGCCUCGUUCAGCCGAUUCCAUGCUGCCCAUUGUGAUAGCUUGAUUCCCACCGUCAUUCAUCAUGCCCGUUUAGUGUCGGAAGAGAAAGCCAUUUCCUUGAGCGAGAAGCGAAAUCUGCCCUUUAUCUCCAAGAGUGGAGAAAUUGUUGGUGAUUUUUCGAAGCUAAAGCGGAAGUUGGAAAAGUCGGGUUCUCAUAGUGCCGGGAAGAGUGUUGCACAUGGGAAACGGAAGCGUGAGGAAAGCUGCAGCGCCGAGAAAAGGCAAGCUGUGAAAGAACCGAAAAGGUUCAUCCCCAAGGUAGCGGCAGGUGGUCCUCCCAGCUCAAGAAAGGUUGCCUUGCCCGAGUCCUUACAGCAGCAGCCUACAGCUUCCGGCAGCAGCGAGCGAGCAGCUCUAAAGCUUCAUCUCCUCACAGUAAGUACUUCCCAAAGUAAAGGCAAGGGUAAGGGGUUUUCCGUGACCCCGAAACGUCGAAGCAUGCGUAUUCUUGAAACGCGGUUUGCUAAUACCCGAAAGAAUAAGGGUGAAGACUCGGGACCCAAAGUAGUGGUGACGGUUGAUGAUAACAGUGAUGAUGAUAGUGAUGGCGAUGGCGCUGCGGGAACUGAGGCUAACAUUCAUGAGCAAGAGAGUGCUCGCGAUACGAGUGGCAUGGACGAGGACUUUGAUGAAGGCCAAUACGAUAGUCACGACGAAGACACCUAUCCGGCUUUCGGCACUAGCUUGGGGGAGUUCGAUGACUCAGAUACGACUCCUGCUUUGACUGGCGAUCAUGGACAGCGUGUCGAUAUUGAACUGGUCGUGCCCGCCAUUGAAGGCACGAUAGGUGCUUCAUCGGAGGCUGAUUUUGCCCUUCCCACUACUGUCGCUGAAGUUGUCCUGAGCCUUCCGGCAGUGCAACCUCCUCCUUCUCCUAACCCAUGUACCUCUGACAUGGCUGCUGAUGCCUCUCCACUACUUCCAACAGUUCCUCCUCCUAUUUCUCCAAUUCCGAACGUACCUGCCAUAGCUUCCGGCACUGCUCUACUUCUUCCAGCAGCACAUCCCCUUACUCUCCCAAUCUCGAGCACACCUGACAUAGCUUCCGGCACCACUCCACCUCUUCCAGCAGCACAUCUCUGUGAUAAGAAUGUUGAUGCUUUUAUCGCAGGUUCCUCAAAAGGGCCUUCAUUCGAGAAAGGCAUGUCUUGGCAAGAUUGGGAGAAUUCCUACACGGCAUUCAAAGCCUUCUUUGAUGGUGGUGUCACCAUUCUUAGAUCCAUUGAUGAACUUCUUCCGCUUUGCCACAGAUUCGAUGGUUAUGCAACAUUCCAAGGCGCCCUUGUGUAUCCAGAGACGGUUGGAGCCUUGAAAAAGUUCAUGGACAAAUACGGGAGUUUGCUGGAAGCUACAGAUGUCACCUCCUCUUUCUCAAGGGGUACUGCCCUUCGAGCGCUUGGCUUAGUACUUCAUGGGAUGGACACCAUGCAACUCCUUGAUAUUACAGAUCAUAAACUGCUCUCACGUGCCGUUUUUGGAGCACGGGCCAUUCGUAGUAUGCAAUUAUCGCAUGAUUCCGAUGAAGUAAAAGCCGCUGCAGACGCCUUGAAUAUUAAACAGCAAGAGUUGGAAAACCAGCGCCGGGAGAUGCAUGCCCUUCUUCUUGCUAAGGGAGUUUCUGUUGACAGCGCUGAGUGCGUGACGGAGGCAGCAGCCAGAUUAUCUCCUGGGGCUUCCUUUGUUCUUUUCGGACAUUCCCCAUAG